AUGCCUAACUCUCUGCCAGUCAAUCCUCUCUCAGAGUUCGAGUCGAGUGUAACUAUUGUGAAUAAAAACUUCACCACUGACCCUCAUUUUCCUGAGUGGUACGACAAUCCGGGCAACAGAGACCCGGAAGUACCAACUCGCUGUGAUGUCCAGGCUCUCGCUUCCUCCGACAACAAGGAUCUGUUCGGCAUCACUAAAACAGCCAACGGAACUGAUCGGAUAUACUCGGUCAACGGGGCGCUGCAUUUCGGGGGCAAAAUACCCACCAACUACUUGGGCCGCGUCACUGUGAGAGGAAUUACGGUAGAAGAGUGGGAGUCCUGUCAAUACUGGAGCGACAUGGACGCCACUAUGAAAGUCAAGUGGUAUUUCACAGUUCUCACAGCUAAAAAUGUCUGGCACCCUGCUAUUAACGUCAACCAGAUCCCAGUGCGUUGUGACGUACAGGGUGUGAGGUGGGUCGGCCCUGGAGCCAGCUACCACUUCCACCACGUCUACGAGUUCACCGACUACAGGCCGGGAGACGUCUCUGACACAGACUUCGAGAUCCCACCUGGCACGUUCUGCCCUCACCGGAAGAACACGAAGAAACUGCCGACUCUGAGAAAGGCGUUUAGUUUCAGUUCUGAGAUCGUCAUGCCCGAAACCAAGUCCAUCACCUUUCUCAAAGAAUAUUACGACUUCGGAUCCGAUGUUGUCCGGUACGAUUACGUCCCUCCGGUCAAUUCCCCGUAUGGGACGAACAUUCUUUACGAAGUUCACGACUACAGCACCGGUGUGGCCUACAUCACCGACUCGGUGCUGGGAAACUGUUCCGUGAGACCCAUCCAGGCGACCUCGUUCGACGCCAAGGCUGUUGGUCCGAACACCGUGCGGAUCCGAACCUCGCGAGAAUUCUUCAACUUCCAGAACGCAGACUACCAUUACGUCGGGGUGAGGACUGUCCGCGGUUUGAAGUGUGACGUGUGGGUUGCUCGGCGAACCGACUGGCCUCCGGGCGUGGCUGGCGUAAACUCGACGUUUGAGUGGUACUUCGCAACACCACAUGUCACGGAAUACAUCGGAUACGGGUCGGGUGAAACGAGGGUUCCCAUCAUGCUUGAAGUGACGGGGAUUCUGAGCGGUCAAAAGUUUCACUACAUCUUCAACUACUACGACUUCGACAAUGAGACGCCGCUCAGCUGGAACUUCGACAUCAGCCCGUGCUACAACUACACCAACAGCAAGACGAUCCAGUUCGCCCUGUCAGGCCAUUAUCGGGAUUUGAUAAUAAUCAACAAGGAGAUGUUUAAGAGCUGGCUUCUGAUGGCAAUCCGUGACGCCACCAACCAGAUCUCAGCGCUGAGGGUUUCUAACAUCCAGGUUGAUAUCGGCAAUGCUGACAUUAUUGUAUCCUUCCGCCUCCUAGGCGUUGCACCAAUCAGAGGCGACGUUACAUCGCCAGUUAAACAACUUUCUCUCGCCGAUGCCGUCGAUUUUAUAACAGCUGCCAUUAACUCUAAAAAGUUUGGAAUAAAAGUAGUCACACCAACUGUAUUGAGGGAGAAGGUUUUUUUAGCCAAACCAUUCAGUGUCAAGUCCUGGGACACGGUUAUCCAAGAGAACGCCUUCACGGAACCGGCCGCAGGAUACGGCGACGGUGUUAUGGCUGGAGCUGCGAUCGGCAUUUUUCUCGGCGCAUUUAUUUUAGGUUUUGCGGUAUUGUUCUUAGUGUACAAGAGGUUUGGCGGGUCUUUCAAGCCGAAGAAGUUUGAUGAUCUGCAACCGGUGCUUGAAUCGUAGCUGAAAUAAACAAUAUUACAUGAUUGGUCGUUAAAGGCAUACUGUCACGGAUUUAAGGACCAUAUUUCCCUAAAAAUGGAUAAUAAAUAAAAAUUACAUUAAAUUUUGGAAACCAA